UUCGUUGGCGUUCACUUAAUAUUAUUCGGUCGACCGCGCGGUGCACUCGUUGUCCAGUAGUCAGCAGCUGCAUUCGAGUCGUUCACAGCAGAACACCGGGUUCAACACACACGGCAACCGCACGGCUCGAGAACCCCAGUGAAGAGCGCACGGGCAAGAAGAGCACGCGCGGCAGAACGCGAACACCACUGGGCGCACACGUAGCACCACGUUCGGGACUUCUGCGGCAGACCACCGAACCCCGGGGCAACAACUCGCUCGAAACCCACCACCAGACCCGCGCGACCGGUUCACACGGCAAGGCGCGGCGCAUCUAGACCGCCAGCAACUCGGUUGCCGACGACCAAUCCGCCCUUGAAGCACCGACGCACGACGACGCGAUGCUGAACCGUCAAAUGCAGUUCGCCGUAGCCUUGGCGCUGUUCUGCGCGCACGCCGCCACGGCCUACCCGACACCGAUGGAACGCGUGUCCGGUGAAAACAAUUACCUGGCCUUCCGGAACUCUCCUUCGAGGGAUUUGGAACGCUUCAUCGAAGGUGAAAAUAUUUUAAGAGAUUUGGAAUUGUUGAGAGACCGCGCCGAGUACUUUGCCAGACAAAACCGUCAGAUAAAUUCAUUGAACGGUGUUGGUUUCGGACAGAGCAAACGAUUCGAUAGCCUCAGCGGUGUGUCGUUCGGAGGCCAAAAGAGGAACUUCGACGAGAUCGACCGUACCGGACUGGACCGAUUCGUGAAGAAAAACUUCGAUGAGAUAGACCGGAGCGCAUUCGAUCGUUUCGUGAAGAAGAACUUCGACGAGAUCGACCGGAGCGCGUUCAACAGCUUCGUAAAACGUCCCAGCAAGGUGCCGGCGGCCAAUUUGGAAUAAAAACACGAGUGUAACUCACACGCAAAAAGCUCUCACACAAUACGUACAUAUACUAUACCCGCAAUCACACACACACACCCAUACACACACACCCACACACAUUCAUAUACAUGAUCCAUAUGAUCACGAUGUUAAACACUCAUCGAAAGUACUCAUCGCCGACGACCACGAUUAACAACCGUUGUUACCGCGGUCGCUGUCGUUUCAUGUCCGUCACAUCACCAUAAAAUUCACUUGUCCGUCUCAUCUGCCGAUCACGUGCGAAGUCGCCCGCGACCGGCAUACAUUAGGUUCAGCAGUUACACGAGCCCAUCCGCACCGAAAACCGCGUGGCACACAUGUUGUGGCACACGUUCAACAAACGCGUGUUUUACGGAACACUAAUCGAAACCGAUAGUAUCAAUUUUAGAGUACACAUUUUAUUACUAUAAAUUUUUGUUUUUUUUUUUUCGUUUUUUUUUUUCGUCAAUAUUAACUAUGAAUUGACCAUUAGUCGACGCGUACAAAAAUAACUAUAUUACUAUUAUGACACUAUACAUAUAUUAAAUUAUAUUAUAUUAUACACAUUGAGAUCAUUGAGAUCUGUUUUCGAAUCUCGUAAAAUAUUUAUUAUAAUCAUUAUUAUGAUAUGUCACC